AUGGGAUCCGAACCGGGUGUGGGCGGUACGUCUAGGUGCGGCUUCGGCCGUGCCAGCCUCCAAUUUCUGUUGUUGUUGGUCAAAAGCCUGCCUAUUUGUUGUGUGGUCUAGGGAGUGACGAGUGAAACGCCAAGGUGCGGGCUCGACCGUGCCAUGCACCUGAGCCCCACGUCUCCGGUCCUCUUGACUCUGUCUUGACACCGGAUCCAGGCGGGGGAAGGGGGGAGAGAGUGCAGUAGAUGCAGCGCAAGUCUGCUCUCACUAUAAAUCACGCGCAAGUCACCGUCACUGCUCCCACCCUGCUGUGCAGCAUUAGGUGGACAUCGUCGGAUACGGCGCUCGAACUGUCGUAUGUAUCAGCAACAAGAUGAAGUCGAUACGCCUGAAGACGAGCUCAUGAGCAAUGACGAGCAUAAUUACGUGGCCUGUCUAGGCUCGGCGCACACGGACCCGUUUCUGGUGAGAGGGUCUCAACUCUCAAAUAAGUGAGAAAACCAUAAAAGCUAUUACGGCCUGACCCUCUUUCUUGACUUAAGCAUAAUGGCCAGGACAUCUCUUUCCUAAUGUAAAUAGUUCGUACGUAGUUUCGGGAGUCAAAUCGAGAAGUAUUUUUGCGGAAGAAGGUGGGCGAUGUAAAAUGACCGAUAAUCAAUGUCGGGCGUGUUUCGCUUUUCGUACUCGGACUCAAGAGGGCCCUGGGCUAAAAUUAAAGUUAGCCAAAUAAACAUCGGGGUCGGGGUACCUUUGUAGGACUGAUAGUCACCCUGAAGCCCUUUAACUUCUGGUCCUGGUUCUAGGGGCCUGUUUUAUCCGCCGAAGUGGUUCAUUGAUAUGAUUAAAGUUUCCAAUUUCCUCGUAGGAUGUGCAGUUGGUAUCAUCCGAAUUCUAUAGCAUCCCAUCUAGAGUCUCAGAGUAUUGGGUUUCUAGGCUACCGGCGCAGCAUGCAGGAACCUGCGGAAUAUCAAACUUUCAACUGUGCCAUAGGCAUUGUUGUGAAUGGCCAUAGAGUCUUAUGCUCGUACUGAUUACGAUGACACGCAUGGCACUCUCGUCUACUGUAAGUUUGUAUGGGUUCCAACUUUGGUUAGCGUUAUUCUAAGACGGUCUCGCACAGCGUUCAGACAAAAUUUUUAGUCCCCCUCGGAUGCUAAGCAGUCCAGACUAUCCAUUAGGUUUAGAAGUAUUCAAAGGAAGUGGACUUCGGUCGCUUUGUUGCCUGACUCGUUCCAGUGCAUUUCGACACGAUAGUGUUUUUACACAGUUUCGCUUGCUCUCAAAAGGGUGGUUACUGCGAAUAUUUGGAAUACAGGAGAGGUUUUUAGUUCUCUGCCGCACUUUCAGCAGAUGGGCAUGUCCAGGAACGGCAGCCGGCGGUACUUUUACUCCACAACUGUAAAGUGUAUGGCCGGGAAGAUUAGGCUUGGACGUUGAAUGGGCCCCUACUCCCGCCCCGAUCGGCGAUGGUGCAAGCGUCAUCAACAGACCGUACGCGCACCUCCGGUCGACAUAUUCAAACUCCGCGCCUUUAAUUUUUGCAAUGCCAUUUCAGCAAGUAGACCGGACAGUGGCGACUCCAUUGGUGUGCAGUUUGGUUGUUGGCUCACAGCUGCAUUAAAUAAAGUCUUCUGUCUUUCAACAGAUCGACAAGGUCCCGUAUCGUUGAUUUUUGUCCGCCUCGUUACAAUGUUCUUCCAGAAAACUUCAACGGUUUCAGCCACGAAAUGUGGGAUUGGGAUGGUUGGGCUCGAGUGAGAGCCUGUAAGGCACAACGGAACGAGUGAGUUCCGUAAGAACGGAAGAACAUUGUAUAUUCCCGAUCGAAACCGACAGGGCAACGGGCUCGUGGCCCAGUGGUUAGAGGCGUGGACUUCGAGUUCGUGGUCGUGAGUUCGAGCCUCGGGUGUUCCCACACUUCGGGAUUGGGUAUGACUGACCGACGACGGCUAAUAAGCCAGAAAUGCUCAUUCCAGUCUCCCUUGUCUUUGUUGGUAAUAACAUACUAAUGGAAGGGGACCACCAUCAGUUCGUAAUUCAUAGCUCGCACAUCAUGCAACUUUUGUGAGAAUUUCUCAGAUAAGUAAACAGUUGUUUCAUAGUCCCAGUGUGCAACAGUAGGACGUCGAAAAACUACCCUGUCUGACCAACCAGUGGGGUUUCUCCGCGGAACAAUCGACCUUAAAGAUAUUCGUGCUUCGCAAAUUUUCAAAAGUCCUUGGGAUCUCGCAGUCGUGACAUGCCUUAGCUUCUUCUUUCGACAGUCGGUGUCCGUUGUGACUUUUGUCUUCCGAAGUUUGGGCGCUGUUUGCUGUUGUCCUUGUGCCAUCAUUGUGAUGAGCACGCUUAGUUUUAUCACCCAUUAGUGCCCUGGUCUUUUUGACAUACUCGUUACGAAAAAAAUUCGAUAUAUCUUCUGGAACGCCUGCAUUGCACUGCAUAUAUAGGCACCCAGUGCCCUCAGUCCGAUACUUUAACGUCAACUGGCAGUCUAGUUUGUGUAACAACAAAGCUUACAAAUGCGGAAACCCAAUUCACAUAAUGCUUUUCGUUUUUUUCAGAAUUGCGACAGCACAUCUGCGGGUUUUGCGGCAAGUCAUUUGGGCGGAGGUACUACCUGAAGUUGCAUGUUGAUGGCAUCCACAAAAGUACGGCUUCCUUUCCCGAACUGGUUUGCUGUUUCAGUUUUUUACGAAUUAAUAUUUUGUGUCACGCUAAAUAAGUGGGAAAUGUUGUGGUUCUGAACUUUUACGGAGAAUCCUAGGCUUGCGUAUUCGCCGAAUUUUAGAUUGCUCUUACGCCUGGUAUUAUUAAUGUAACCUGUACCCAUAGCGAAACUUUGGACCACAUAACGCUCAGUGAUCAAAGAGCCUGGGUUAAAAUUCCAUGUCAUCCAGGGGUGGCCUUGGGUAUGGCUAGCUGACAGCGACAGAUUAGCCAGAUAUGGCCAUCCCAGCCUCCUUGGCGAUGUCCCCCUUCUCCUUGGAGGUCACAUACCAGAAACCGCAUAGAGCACGCUGGGGGACCCACUUAGGAGCCGAACCCCUCGCAGCUGUGUCACGCAGGGGCAGAAUAUGGACUUCUAGCAAGGACGUAUGUCGGGAGUAGGGUUUUAUGACCAUCUGUCAUGUAAAAUAUAUAUUUAUAUGUUGAAGAAGGCUGGAAGGCAAUUGCCUGGACCAGUUGUUUCUUUAUCCGAAGUUGCAAACUCCCACGCGAGCCCAUCGUCAAGAGAUGGAGAAAACUGUACAAAUCAUCGCAUAUUUGGCUCACCUCUGCCGGGGAUGACCUCCAGCUGCGUUACUGAUUUGUUCACGCGAUAUAAAGGAUUAGCGGAUAAAGGAUGACAAAGGAUAAAGGAUAAAAAAAUGAAGGAUAAGGGAUAAAGGUUAAAAGGAUAUAGAAGGAUAAAAAGGAUAUAAAGGAUUAGCGGAUCGACAUGUCGGGUAAUCGAGUCCUCAGCUGUGUGCCGCACUUUCGGCGGCAGACGCACAACUCGGUUGUCCGACUGGCUCAAUAUUCUUACGCACUUAAAGCCGUGCCCUAGCGAGGAGGUGUGAGCGGGUACCAAGGAGAGUCUGUCCCUCCGUCUCGUGCUUAUGGAAUCUCGCGCGAACAUAACUGGCUUGACCACAGUUUGACCAGCGAUUUCUCAUUAAUGAGGAUCGGGUCCUUGAGGUGCAUGAGUUCCGGGGGAUUGUUGCUUCACGUCUGGGAGCGACGCCAAUCCCAAAUUUGCUCAUCGGUCUAGCAAAUUUUUCUAACACACCAGCUAUAUGCGGCACUGCGCGCCAGCAUUUUGGUUUUGGCUCUUCCUUAGGUAUUCUUCCCCGAGUUUCUCGACUGUACUUUUCGACAAAAUUCUCUGGGUAGCCAUUCGCUGCGAAGAGUUUCCACAGAAACUGGACCUCGACCUUCCUGUCGGCUGGCUCGGUACGAUGGGUUUCUUCACGUCGGUAGGGUGUUAUCAGGCAACUGCGUUUGUGCGAAAAGGGAUGGUUGCUGAGAAAACUUAGACUACGGGAGGUAUUAAUCGCCUUCCUGUAAACGGCAAUUGUCAACCUUUUUCUUCCUCCAUCGUAAAUUGGAUAUCUGGAUAUGAGUAGCUCGCCUAUCUCAUGGGGCGUCAACCGAAAUUCUGAAAUGCUUCCAAUCAAAAGGAUCAUUUGGGUAGUUUUCUAGCGUUGAUCAUUGUGUGGCACAGUUCCCAUGAUGUGGGCUUUAGAAUGUACUUUUUUCUGACCGCCUGCAAAAUCAACACUCGGCGAAAAAGGACUGCUUAAGUAGUGUGAUUAUCCCCAUUUAUUUUCGAUGUUCUGAUAAAUUCAACUGCAUUUUAUGUAAAGCAUGCACGAAAGUAUUCAUAUACUCGUUUUGUAGUAAAGUACGCCGUCAAGUUUUGUGCUCCAAAAGGUAUCUCCCGAUUUAAAAACGUUUCCAACGGCCGACUAACUUAGAACCCUACCUGUGCUUAAGGGAUCCCGACUACAUGCAGUACAAAGAACGCCUACUAUACGUGUUUAAGUAGGUCGUGUUUUGUUCGAUACUCCCCUGGAUAUGGUUGUUCAUCACGCCUUACGGGCUGCAUCAUUCCAGAUUCUAGUACCUGUUCUUGUUUGAACUUUUUGUUGUGGACCAGAUAAAGAGACAUUAAACAGAAGAACUUUUAUUUUCAUUUUAGAACUGCAGCCGUUCGCGUGUGAGCUUUGUGACAAGGCCUUUGUGUUGCAGAGGGAACUGAAGAGGCAUAUCGACGUAAUUCACAAAAGUGCGUUCCUUUUUCCCUAACGAUCUUGUGUUUCUGUUCUUCAAAGAACUCAGUGGCGUACUGUCUGUGUUGGUCUUUCAACCACUCAGGGAUCGGGAUAUUGGUAGAUUUGACAACAUGCGUUUGUGAGGUUGAUCAAUUUUAAAGCAGAUGGACCUCCUCGUGCGUCCCUGUCGGUUACAUAUCUGCCCACUCCUUCUUCUGACCAAUUGAAAUUGGACUGGAACAGCAGCGUAUAGGGUACAUUAGGCAGUCCUAUGCGCAUUUAGUUUGUUCGUUUUCGUAGUGCAGCCUUGUAAAGGGAGGUGUCUGAGCGCCUUUCACCGAACGGUUCUUUCAUUAUGUUGCCUUUCUAAGCCUACUACUUAUACAAUGCAGAGAGGACUUGGUGCCACGGUGUGGUCUUAAAAAUCUAUUAUUAGGUAUGCCACCUACAACAUGCCCCUCAGUCAGGCGUUCAGUCUUCAUGUACAAUCGGUGGCCGAUCUCAUGGAAUUUUGGCUGAAAUUCUGAAAUGCGUUUCCGAUUUGGGAAAGAUUACUUAGGCGCGCGUGUAAUACUGAUUAUCUUGCGACAUAAUCGUAUAUAAUAUUUCGGACUCGGCAGGAUGUCAUCUUUUGAAUGCACUUCUUUUUGACCUCCUGCAGAAACCGCACUCUGUAAAAAAAUUACUACCUAAGUGGCAUGUGUUUUUCACAUUGGUUUUCGAUGGUCCUACGAAUUCGAGUAUAUUUUAUAGAAACCACGAACAAAAGUAUGCUUUCUUUCAGUCUUUUGAUAAAGAAUCACGUCAUCUUUAUAUUUUACACUCGAAAAGGAAGUAUAAUUAGGUUUUAAAAAGUUUCCAAUUAUGAGAUUUUUAAGACCGACCAUUUAUACAGCAUCGUGCCUGUACGUUUAACACAGCUCCUCAUGAAAUUGUAUAACAUGGUCCGCAUCCAUUGCAAAAUUUUACAGACUCUGUAUGAUAUCUCUCUAAUGGCACAGAAAAAUGUGUGAGUUUCUUUACGCGGAGUACAUGCACCUUGCAUACGGAAAUCACUAAGCGCUAAUGCAACGACUGAUCAGGCUCCAAAUUCUUCGGGAAUUAGAUUACUUUUUUAAAACCUAAUUAUACUCCUUCGAGCAUAAAAUAUAAAGAUGACGUGAUUCCCUAUCAAACGACUGAAAGAAGGCAUAUUUUUGUCCACGGUUUCUAUAAAAUAUAUAUUCGAAUUCUCAAUACCAUCGAAAAUAAAUGUGAAAUAUGUAUGCUAAUUAAGUAGUCAUUUUUAACCGAGUGUGGUUUCUGCAGGAGGUCGAAAAGAAAUGCAUUUAAAAGCAGACAGCAUGGCGAGUACGAAAUACUAUAGCGUUAUGCUUAAUGCUAAUCAGUGCUACAACUUUACCUAAGUAAUCCUUCCUAAUCGAGCACGCAUUUCAGAAUCUCGGCCAACAUUUCAUGAGAUCUGUCACGCACUGUACCGAUAGUCUACUGGUGUUGUUAACUUCAUUGCCUCUAUUAAACGUCGAAAACGUUUUCCUCUCCGAAGAUUCGCCAUUCUUCUGCAAUGAUGUCCUAUGUAAGCAUUCAGGAAGCCAUAGUCAGCAAACUUACAUUUACUACAACUUCAUCAUCAGGCCUAUAAUCGUGGCUCACCUGGUUCGCGGCGGCCACCAAGUAGACGAUAGCCAAUACUUCUCAGUUAUAUAUACAAGGUGCCUGUGGACUGCUUAAAAUGCUUAGGACAGCAGGGGCGAUGGCGAUGCCGUCUUAUGCCCACAUAGGACUAUCAUUGAAGCCCCCUAGUUACCCUGUCCCACACUAGACCCCACACAUUCCUACCUGCAUAUUGCCAUGUCGCAUUACGGCAGUAAAACACAACUUUAUCCCUCUGACACCUUUUUUCCUGACCUCAGAUCAGGAUCCCACUUCCUUCCUUUUUGUGCAAUGUCCAGGCAUCCCUCAAUUGUGCCUUCUGUCCCAUGUCAUUGACUGUUUUGGCCUCUCAAUGCCUUCCCGUAGCGUGCAUUAUUGUAUAAGCCUGAGACGGAGUAAUCGAAAAUGCGCGUUUGUUUGGGGGUUUGACGUUUGCGUAAUUUGGGUUCAAGUAGGUACCUUCUAUCAGUUGACAGCUCCUUUCUUUCUUCAAGGAAAUCAGUGGUUACUAUUUCGAUGAUCCGAAGUUAACAUUGAAUCUAAUUUUUAAGGUUUUAUCUAAUUUCCGCCUUCAAUCAACUGAAAUCCCUUUCUCUUUUUGUUGCAGAACUGCGGCAGUAUGCGUGUGAGGUUUGUGGGAAGGCCUUUACGAAGAAGGGAGACCUCAAUAAGCAUGUAAAUAGUGUCCACAAAGGUGCGCUUCCAUUUCUAAAUGCUCUACCAGUUCACUUAUGACAGAUCUGUUUUUAAUGCGUAUUGUUGGUUCCCACACGACGGUUUUAUCGGAUAUCACCCUUUAACGGCAUUAAGUUGGCUUGAGGAAAGCAUUUUCUGGGAGUCUUGACUUGUGUGAAGAACGUCAGUAGUCCCGACGACCCUUUUUGUUUAACAAACUAUCAGAUUGGGACGACAAGAACCCCGGGAUUAUGGACAUGCCUGUUGGUCUACCUGGAGGCUGCUCGGGAUGUCCGCAGGCGUUAGAUAACUCAGCGCCCUUAAGGCAAAGGUCAACUGUGAAAUGAGCAAACUCUGGACUCUGACCUAUAAGCAGUUGUGGAGCCUACAACGGUAAUACCUGCAGGUAUGGCUGCAAAUUGAUUUGGCAAUUCAGUCGACUAUAAAAGUUUUCCAAACCGGAGCGAUUUUGUAACAUAGUGGGGCUGUAGCGGCCAACAUAGUUGGUGUACCUUAAUCAGCACAGUAGUUGGGACCCAGUCUGUUGUAGAGGAAAGGAGCAUUCUGUAAAGAUGCUUCACUGCCGUCAGAUCGGCUCUGGGUCUGCGUGCGCCUCUGUCCGCGAGGGUGACGUAAGCGCGAAAGACUAAGUGUCACGUGAGAACCAGCGAGUGCUUCGGUUUGGUGAGUUAAUUGGCUGAUUACGGUUUGUGGGCGCCUGUGGUUGGCUGUCCCCCCACACGUCUCCCAGUCAUCUUGGUCCGAUAGCAAGGCCAUGCCAGGGGGGGGGGGCGGAGGCUGGCUCGGGCGCAGUGGCUGACAGUGGUCGUCACUGAAGGCGCUGAGUUUGCAACCGGACACCGACUGACUGAUCUCGACUAUGCCGACGAUAUUCCCUUACUUGCUUCAAGUUUUGGUGAUCUGCAGUCUGUGGUGACACGAAUGAACGAGGUUGCUAAAUCGGUCGGUUUAUCCAUUAACGCUGGGAAGUGUUUUCAAGUUGAAUACCUGACCAGGAAAAAGCACCUCUCGGGAUUGAUGGCUGUCAACAUGAAGAAGUAGGCAGUUUUAAACAUCACAGGACGAGGCUGCUGCCGAAUGGACAGAGUAACGUUGACAUUGUCUCUCCAGAAGAUGAAGAUGCGAUCACUGGGACAAGAAGUUUAUUGGCCUGACGUUUCGGGUUCUCACUCGAGCCCAUCAUCAGA